AUGGAACGACGUAGAGUACCAAGAAGAAGAGGCCUUGCCUCUGCGGAGACUCGUACCGAAUUAUCACUGAACGCGUCCACUCAACAAUCGGAAGAAAUAGUGAGGCUACCGCCUAUCAAUGGAAGCUCCGAGGUCACAGGAUGCAAAGAUCGGCCCUACAUUUGUGGAAAAGAAGCAGCUUGUCGUAACUUCAAGAACCACACGUCCAAGUGUGUCUGCCCACAUGAUUCAUCCCUGCCCACAGCCGACUUAAAAUGCCCUAAUCGUUUGAUAGUCCCACUUACUCCGCGACCUAUACCCAACAUAAUACCCCCAAAUGGUAGUAACUCGACCAAUAGCACGAAAGCCUUUCCUGAAGCUGAACAGUAUUUUCGUUCUAUUCAACAGGUAGAGCGGUCAAGACAAAGGGUACCUGAAAUUAUAGGAAUUGCCAUAGCUUUAAUCGCGGUAUUAGUAAUAUUGUUGAGUAUAGUGUAUUGCGUCAGGAAACGGAGUUAUAACAUCAAAUCCCAAAGGAAUUCCCUGGAUGGGACACCGAUGAAUCUAAAAAGGGGGUUGCUGUUAGCAAAUAAGUACACACCUAAUCCACAGUAUUUCAGUUGCUCCUCGCCAGAAGUGCCAAUUCUGCAGCGUGAAUCUCUCGUAUUUGUACAGGACAUCGGUGAAGGAUGUUUUGGAAAAGUGUAUAAAGGAGAAUUAUGCACUGGAGACACGAAAGAAAUAGUUGCAAUAAAGGUUUUGAAAGACUCCGCGUCUCGCGAAAUCGAGGAGGACUUUAUGCGAGAAGUCGACAUCAUGUCCACGUUUGGACACCGAAACAUUUUGUCGCUGAAAGGAGUGGUUCUUCGUGAUGUCAACGAUAGCCCGUGGAUGGUUUUCGAAUACAUGCCUUAUGGGGACCUUGCUGAUGUUUUGCGAUCAAACUCCCCUCAGCUCAGAUCGUCGAAACCCGGAUUACAACCUUUGACCCAGAAAUCUCUGCAUUGGAUCGCUAUCCAAAUUGCAGCUGGCAUGACGUAUUUAUCGGGUCAAAGAUUCGUCCACAGGGAUCUAGCCUGCAGAAAUUGUCUGGUUGGCUUUGACUUGGUCGUAAAAAUUGCAGAUUUCGGCAUGUCGCGAGACGUAUACACCUGUGAUUAUUACAAGAUAGGAGGAUCUCGACUUUUACCAGUCCGUUGGAUGUCACCUGAAAGUGUGAUGUACGGACGUUUCACUCUAGAAAGCGAUGUCUGGAGUUUCGGAGUUGUUUUAUGGGAAGUCUAUUCGUUGGGCAAGCAGCCGUAUUACGGACAUAGUAAUGAAGAAGUAGUGACAUUGAUAUUCCAAGGCAUAAUGCUUAUUCCGCCAGAAGGAUGCCCACCAUUCAUCUGUCAGUUAAUGAAAGAGUGCUGGAAAACGGAACCUAAGGACAGAAUCAAGUUCCCGGAAAUAUUAGAAAAGCUCGAAAAAGCGCAAGGUAAAUCUAUCCAAGGCACCUUGCCAAGGCCACCCCAAGGACCAGUUACUAUUCGAACACCAGACGUACUGGAUCCUGACGGUUACUUAUUGCCAGCACUGGCGAAACGACACGAAUAUUUGCAAACACUACCGGCCUUAUCUGAUUAA